AUGGGAAAUAAAGCAAGUGGUAAAGGAAAAAAAAAUUCAAUUACAUUAUCGGCUGAGGAUUUGAACAUAUUAAAAGCUAAUACACAUUAUACAGAAGAAGAAAUUCAAGCAUGGCAUUCUGGUUUUCUUAAAGAUUGUCCGAUGGGUAAACUUGAUAAAAAACAAUUCCUUGCUGUGUACAGAAGAUUUUAUCCAGAAGGUAAAGCGGAUACAUAUUGUAAUUUUGUAUUUAAAGCAUUCGAUACAGACAAUAAUAAUUGGAUUGAUUUUACAGAAUUUUUAUUAGCUGUGGGUGUAUCACAACAUGGAAAUCUUGAAGAGAAAUUAAAAAUGGCUUUUGAUAUUUAUGAUCAGAAUAAAGAUGGACAAAUUAAUCGAAAGGAUAUGAUACAAAUAAUUGAAGCAAUGUAUGAUUUAGCUAAUGAAGAAGAUCGUACUGGUGAAAAAUCACCAGAUAAACGUGUUGAUCUAAUUAUGCAACGAUUAAAUAAAGAUAAAGAUGAUAUUGUUAUUCGAGAUGAAUUCAUUCAAGGAUGUCUUCGAGAUGAAUUAUUACGUAAAAUUCUUGCUCCAAAUACAGCGAUUGCAUCAGAAAAUUCAGAAACAAAUGCAACAACAUUGAAUGAAGAAAAUGAACAUAUUUAA